AGGGUGACUAGUUUCCGGCCGGUUGGUACUGCGCCGGCUACUCGGAGACGUGUAACUGACGGUGGGCCGCAGCCAUGGCCGAGAGGAAACCUAACGGUGGCAGCGGCGGCGGCGCCACCUCCUCGUCGGGCACUAACUUGCUCUUCUCCUCGGCUACAGAGUUCAACUUCAACGUGCCCUUCAUCCCGGUCACCCAGGCCGCGGCCGCUCCGGCCUCGCUGCUCUUGCCCGGAGAGGAUUCCACGGACGUCGGUGAGGAGGACAGCUUCCUUGGCCAGACUUCUGUGCACACAUCUCCCCCGCAGGCAUUCAGUUACUUCUCUCAGGUGUCGAGCAGCAGUGAUCCCUUUGGGAACAUCGGACAGUCCCCGCUGACCACGGCCGCCGCGCCCUCGGGGCUCUCGGCCUUCUCCAAGCCCCCAGCCUCGCUCCCCUUCCCACCUGGAGCCCAGGACGUCCUGAACGCGUUUCCACCCUCUGCUUCCAAGGCUCAGUACGGUGCUCCGCCCCCCUCUCAGAUGGCAAUGAAUGCUUACCUGCCUUCUCAGCCCAGCACUCUGCCUCCUUGCACUUUUGGGAGCCCCCCACAGGGGACCCCUCCACAGGGGUACAACCCUUACCGCCACACCCCACUCAGCAGCCGGGCCAACCCUUACAUCACGCCGCCGCAGCUGCAGCAGGGCCCGCCGGUGGCCGCCGCCACGCCGCCGGUGCAGUACCCGGGGCCUCCGGAGUCCUUACCGCCCCCGCAGGUGCCUCCCAUGGUGUCACCAGCACAGCCGCCGCAGCAGGUGCAUGCUAGGCCUGCAGGUCCUCCUGCGCCGGGGCCGCCGCCACCUCUUAUGCUUCAGAACCAGUAUGAGCCUGUGCAGCCCCACUGGUUCUACUGCAAGGAGGUGGAAUACAAACAGCUGUGGAUGCCUUUCAGUGUGUUGGACUCGAUGAACCUUGAGGACAUCUACAAUUCAGUUCAGCCGGAUCCCGAAAGCGUGGUCCUGGGCACAGACGGCGGGCGCUAUGAUGUUUACCUCUAUGACCGCGUGCGGAAAGCUGUGUACUGGGAGGAGGAGCCGGCUGAAGUGCGGCGCUGCACUUGGUUUUACAAGGGUGACACUGAUAGCAGAUUCAUUCCUUACACUGAGGACUUCAGUGAGAAACUAGAGGCUGAAUAUAAAAAAGCUGUAACCACAAAUCAGUGGCAUCGCAGGUUGGAGUUUCCAGGUGGGGAGACCAUUGUUAUGCACAACCCUAAGGUUAUUGUUCAGUUCCAGCCGUCCUCAGUACCUGAUGAGUGGGGGACCACACAAGAUGGACAGACGAGGCCCAGGGUUGUGAAACGUGGCAUUGAUGAUAACCUUGAUGAAGUUCCUGAUGGGGAGCUGCCUCAGGUUGACCAUUUGGUGUUCGUGGUGCAUGGUAUCGGGCCAGUGUGUGACUUGCGUUUUAGAAGCAUUAUUGAGUGUGUGGAUGAUUUCAGGGUGGUUUCUCUCAAGCUGCUGCAGACACAUUUCAAGAAAGCUGUAGAUGAAGGGAGAGUGAGCCGAGUGGAGUUCCUUCCUGUUCCCUGGCACAGCUCCUUGGGCGGGGAUGCCACAGGGGUUGACAGGAAUAUUAAAAAAAUCACUUUACCAAGUAUUGGUCGAUUUCGUCAUUUUACCAAUGAAACGUUGCUGGAUAUUCUGUUUUACAACAGUCCUGCCUACUGUCAGCUCAUUGUGGAGAAGGUGGGAAUGGAGAUAAACCGUCUCCAUGCUCUCUUUAUGAGUCGGAACCCAGACUUCAAAGGAGGGGUCUCUGUUGCUGGUCACAGCUUAGGUUCUUUAAUAUUGUUUGACAUCCUGUCCAAUCAAAAAGAUUUGCAGUCCUCAAAGUCUCCUGGGCCUCUGACUGUUGCUAAUGGAGUUGUGAAGCAGCCACCUUUUCAGGAAAAGCAGAUGACCGAAGAACCAAAACCAACCUCGGAAGAGUCAUGUGAUCUUGACGUUGACAAUGAAGCUGUCCAGACUUUGCAGGAGACCCUGGAAGCUCUUAGCCUCUCUGAAUAUGUUAGCACUUUUGAAAAGGAGAAGAUUGACAUGGAGUCUCUGCUUAUGUGUACAGUGGAUGACCUGAAGGAGAUGGGGAUACCACUCGGGCCCAGGAAGAAGAUCGCCAACUUUGUAAAACAUAAAGCAGCUAAAAUGGAGCAGAAGAGGGCAGCGCUAGAGAAGAAGGCACAGCUGACUGCCUCGCCCAAAGGCCAAGAGGAGAGUGCUCAGAGGGCUCAAGCCAGGGCGCCCCUGCGCUCAGAGGGUCCCGAGGCCCGGAGGAAGCUGGUACUGGGCGCUCACGUCUCGUCCGUGCAUGUUGGGUACGAGGCCUUUGAGGUGGGCACUGGCCAGGUUUCUGUUGUGUAUAACUCACUGGACUUUGAGCCUGAGCUGUUCUUUGCUUUGGGCUCUCCGAUUGGCAUGUUUCUCACCAUUCGAGGAGUGGCCAGGAUAGAUGAGAACUACCGGCUCCCUACUUGUAAAGGAUUCUUUAAUAUUUAUCAUCCGCUCGAUCCAGUGGCAUAUAGGCUAGAACCUAUGAUUGUUCCAGAUUUGGACCUGAAAGCAGUUCUCAUUCCACAUCACAAAGGCAGAAAAAGACUUCAUUUAGAGUUGAAAGAAAGUCUCUCUCGUAUGGGAUCUGAUCUGAAGCAGGGUUUUAUUAGCUCUUUGAAAAGUGCUUGGCAGACACUAAAUGAGUUUGCCCGUGCUCAUACCUCUUCAACUCAACUGCAAGAAGAACUGGAGAAGGUAGCCAAUCAAAUCAAAGAGGAAGAAGAAAAGCAAGUGGUUGAAGCAGAAAAGAUUGUUGAAAGUCCAGAUUUUUCCAAAGAUGAAGACUACUUAGGAAAAGUUGGAAUGUUGAACGGAGGCCGCCGGAUUGAUUACGUUCUUCAAGAAAAGCCAAUAGAGAGUUUUAAUGAAUAUCUUUUUGCCCUCCAGAGCCACUUAUGCUAUUGGGAAUCUGAAGAUACUGCCUUGUUAUUACUGAAGGAGAUUUACCGGACGAUGGACGUCAGUCCCGAGCAGCCCCAGCACUGAGCCGCCUCCCGUUCUACCGUGGGAGCUCGUUGUAGCUUUAGUUUUACUUUGUCUUCACAGAAAGUCAGUGUAAUGUGCGUGGCUGAGAAAGUUCCCGGAGGAUGCUCCCAGCAUGCUGCUUCGAUGGGGGCCAGGAUGCUACAACAAGUGCUCAGACUCCAUUCUCAGAUGCAGGACCCAUUUCAAAGGAAAUGCGCAGGACAGUCUAUGCAGGAAGAAAAUGUGAUUAGAAAAAUGACGCCAUGAAAAAGUCUUCAGACCAGUUUAGUUGUGAAAGAUAAGUAUGAUAACAAUGAAGAAAAACUUGUAGCAUGCAGCAGUCACUUCUGUCCCUUCAAUUCUUGUGGGCUAUUAAACUUGCAUUUUUAUUAACAUAGUAUUUUCUUUUUAUUCAGCUACAGGCUUGUUGAGAAUCUAGAUGAUGUACUUUAUAGGGAGUUUUAGUAACAUGCCGAGCAGCCUUCAUUCAUUCCC